GUGGGUCCAGUGUGGACAUGGCCGCUCGCUACACCGAGGCGGUGUUGGCCGCCCUGGGGGUGCUCAGUGUCUGUUCGGCCAGCAGCAGCUCCGGGUCUGGGGCAUCGGGGAAGGCGGGUGGGGAGGCUGAGUGGGCGGAGCCGUGGGAUGGCGCGGUUUUCCGGCCGCCGGCUGCAUUAGGAGCCGUGGGGAUGACGCGCGGGCUGGGAUCACCGCCGCCGGGGAACGCAGAGACCGUGGACCUACCAGUGUUGCUGUGGUGGAGUCCAGGCCUGUUUCCGCACUUCCCAGGUGACUCGGAGCGCAUAGAGUGUGCGCUCGGCGCGUGCGUGGCGUCCCGGGAUCGACGGGCGCGCGCCGACCCGCGGACGCGCGCAUUGCUUUUUUACGGCACAGACUUCCGCGCGGCUGACGCACCCCUGCCGCGCCUGGCGCACCAGAGCUGGGCGCUCCUGCACGAGGAGUCGCCACUCAACAACUUCCUGCUGAGCCACGGCCCGGGCAUCCGCCUCUUCAAUCUCACGGCCACCUUCAGCCGCCACUCGGACUAUCCGCUGCCGUUGCAGUGGCUGCCUGGGGCGGCCUAUUUGCGCCGGCCCGCACCUCCGCUCCGGGAGCGCGCCGAAUGGCGUCGCCGCGGGUACGCGCCGCUGCUCUAUUUGCAGUCCCACUGCGACGUGCCUUCCGACCGGGACCGCUACGUACGCGAGCUCAUGCGCUACAUCCCGGUGGAUUCCUAUGGCAAGUGCCUGCAGAACCGCGAGCCGCCCACCGUGCGGUUACAGGACACAGCUACGGCCACCACCGAGGAUCCAGAACUCAUGGCUUUUUUGUCCCGCUAUAAGUUCCACUUGGCCAUGGAAAAUGCCAUCUGCAAUGAUUACAUGACAGAAAAACUGUGGCGCCCCAUGCAUCUGGGUGCUGUGCCUGUGUAUCGUGGAUCACCCUCUGUGAGGGACUGGAUGCCCAAUAAUCACUCCGUCAUCCUAAUUGAUGACUUUGAGUCCCCUCAAAAGUUGGCAGAGUUUAUUGACUUUCUGGACAAAAACGAUGAAGAGUAUAUGAAAUACCUGGCGUACAAGCAGCCUGGGGGCAUCACCAACCAGUUUCUUCUGGAUAACCUGGAGCACAGGGAGUGGGGAGUGAAUGAUCCCAUGUUGCCCAACUACCUCAAUGGCUUUGAGUGUUUCGUCUGUGACCAUGAACUGGCUCGGCUGGAUGCCGAGAAAGCACAUGAAUCCUCUCCUAGGGACAUUCCUGUCCUUGAGCCUCACAUUGCUCAGUUGUCACACAUGGACUGUCCAGUGCCUACCCCUGGCUUUGGGAAAGUCGAAGAGAUUCCUGAGAACGACAGCUGGAAGGAAAUGUGGCUACAAGAUUACUGGCAAGGUCUCUAUCAGGGGGAAGCUCUCACUGCCAUGAUCCACAACAAUGAGACACAGCAGAGCAAAUUUUGGGAUUACGUACACGAGAUCUUCAUGAAAAGGAAUAAAAAUCUCUAACUGUC